AUGAUGGCAAAGUUCGAUCCAGCCUUUACUCGCCUCUCAAAUUUUCACAGCAGCAGCAGCAUCUCGCUGCGCCUUCACCAGAGCAACAUCGUGUUGCUCUGUCGGCAACAGGAGCUUCCCACUCUGGAUCUGCCAGGUGGGGGAAGUCUGUACGUGCCACAUGCGUUGCAGACGUACUCAUGGACAGAUUUCCGUCCAUGGGUUGGUUCUCCGGCCUGUGUCCGUAUUCCAUACGAACUCGUCAGGUAG